AGUUCGAUUUUUGUUCUUUAUUCGGCUAAAAGCUCGAAGAAAAUACUAAUUUUCCUUUGUCUCCAACAAAUCAACAAUGAAGUGGAUUAUUGUGCUCGCUGUGUUCGUUGCGGUUGUAACUUGUGCUCCAGCUGAUGUUGAAGUAUUACGUUACGAAAACGACAAUAUCGGUAUUGAUGGUUACAAAUUUGCAUACGAACAAAGUGACGGUGUUUCACGAUCGGAAGAGGCCGUACUGAAGAAUGCCGGUACGGAACAAGAAGCCAUCGAAGUCCGUGGCACAAUCUCAUGGACGGCUCCAGAUGGUGAAGUGUAUACAUUGAACUUUGUUGCUGAUGAAAAUGGUUACCGACCUGAAGGUGCUCAUCUUCCACAUUUGUAAAUACGUGAACGCGUUCGAGCAUUCCACCGAUUCGAUGAACAGAAUUUUAAAGAAUAAGCUGGAGUGUUAAAGCUUUGUUCAAUUUUCCUUAUUAAACUAAUUUUGUUUAUGUUUUGAAUAAUUGUUAUUAAACGAAUGAUUAUUUAUUUA